AGGGGGAAGAAGAAACACUGGCUAAGAGUUUUAUCCUUCUUCAGGGGCGCAGAGGUUGUCCUCCAGACAAUGAGGACGAUCCAAAGCCACACACACUGAGGCUUUAAGAGGAGCAAACUAGCUGGACACUUCACAACAGAGAAAUAACCUAAGGAGAAAGGAAUUUAAAAGAAGCCAUUAUGAAUGCCACAGAAUACCAUGGACCGACCCAGGGGUACCAGAACAGGAGCCAAACCUCAGGCACUUUGCCAUUCAACAAAGACUUACCGGGAGAGGAAAAGGACUCAUCUUCUGGAUGUUAUGAGCAGCUGCUGAUUUCCACUGAGGUUUUCCUCACCCUGGGCAUCAUCAGCUUGCUGGAGAACAUCCUGGUUGUUGCUGCUAUAAUCAAAAACAAGAACCUUCACUCUCCUAUGUACUUUUUCAUCUGUAGCCUUGCAGUUGCCGACAUGCUCGUCAGCGUCUCUAAUGCCUCAGAGACUAUCGUUAUAGCUCUCAUCAAUGGAGGCAACCUGACCAUCCCCGUAACACUGAUUAAAAGCAUGGACAAUGUGUUUGACUCUAUGAUCUGUAGCUCUCUGCUGGCGUCCAUCUGUAGUUUGCUAGCAAUUGCUGUCGACCGCUACAUCACCAUCUUCUACGCCCUGCGAUACCACAACAUUGUCACCCUGCGUCGCGCAAUGCUGGUCAUCAGCAGCAUCUGGACGUGCUGCACCGUGUCCGGCAUCCUGUUUAUUAUCUACUCGGAAAGCACCACCGUCCUCAUUUGCCUCAUCACCAUGUUCUUCACCAUGCUGGUGCUCAUGGCAUCACUCUACGUCCACAUGUUCCUGCUGGCUCGCUUGCACAUGAAGCGGAUCGCAGCCCUGCCGGGCAACGCUCCCAUUCAACAGCGAGCCAACAUGAAGGGCGCCAUCACCCUCACCAUCCUCCUCGGGGUGUUUGUGGUAUGCUGGGCACCCUUUUUCCUCCACCUCAUCCUCAUGAUCAGCUGCCCCAGGAACCCCUACUGCACCUGCUUCAUGUCCCAUUUCAACAUGUACCUCAUCCUCAUCAUGUGUAACUCUGUCAUUGACCCCAUCAUCUAUGCCUUUCGCAGCCAAGAGAUGAGAAAGACCUUCAAAGAGAUUUUCUGCUGCUCGCACACUCUCCUGUAUGUGUGA